ACAGGUUGAUGCCUGUCAGCUCCCAGCAGACGGUUUGCUUGACAGAGAGAAGGCGUCCCUGCAGCGCUGUCUCGGGGGCAGGUAAGGGGCGUGUGAGCAGGAAAGAAGUGAAAAGGACCCUGCACGCCGGGAGCGGAGGCCCUGAGCCGGGCCCUGUGCAGAGACAAGGAGCGUGAGUUUGGGGAGCAGAGAACAGAAGCAAUGCAGACCAGAGAUGCCUGCAGAGCUUCGGCCCAGCUCCGUCCCAGAGAGGCGGCCUGGCGGUGACCCAGAGGCCCGCUCGGUCAGUCCCACCCUGCCGGACGGCAGACUCACAGGGGCCCGGAAGUGGUGGGCUUCUAAGAAGUCCAGUUUCUGGGAACAGCCCUCCAGCUGCGGUGUGGGCCAGGACUGAGUUGGUUCCCUGGGGCCAAGGGUGGCAGUCCAGGCUUCCAGAGGCCCAGCCAGAGCAGGAAAGGGCCACAAGCCAGAGAAAGGGCAAAGGUGGACACGCCACCUCCGGGUCACCUCCGGGGCCAGCUCCCUCUUCCUUCCAGCUCCUGCCUGCUCACCACACACUGUGACCUCGGACCCCGGCCAAAGCCAGCGAUUGUGAAAGCAGCCACAAGAGAAGACCCUGCCCAGCAGGACGACCACUGACUCAGCGCCAGGGCUCCCUUGACAUCAAGCCAGCCGGGGCUCUGAGCCGCUGGGCACAGGGCACAGCCCACCCAGCUCUACUGGCACCACCCUCCUCCUCGAUCCCACAGGUGUGUUAACGUGGCCCAUGGAAGUCUCUGUGGAGCCGAAACUAGGCUUGGCUAACCCGACAUGAGGCCCCUUGUCCUGCACCGUGGCUUGUCCUCUUGACUUGCGGGAGAGGAAGGACGCUACCCUCCUUCCGCAUCACCCUGGGCACGCACGAAGCCCCGGGCCCUCCUAAGAGCCACCCACAGUGUGCCCAGGCGGGCUCCACUCUCCAGGAGUAUGGAAAGGAAGAACUCGGGGUGUUGUGAGGCCCCAAAGAAGAGGAGUUUGUCCUUCUCCAUCGAGGAGAUUUUAAAGAGGCCCCCGGAGCAGAGCGACGUGGUCAGGCCCGCAGGGGCAGCAGGAGGGCCAGGUGGAGAGGGCACCGCACCAGCAGCAGCACCAGCAGCAGGGCCGGAGGGGGCCCUGCAGGACCAGCCUCAGGAGGAGAGGAAGAGCAAGCGGAGGGUUCGCACCACCUUCACCACCGAGCAGCUGCAGGAGCUGGAGAAGACCUUCCACUUCACCCACUACCCGGACAUGCACAUCCGCGCCCAGCUGGCAGCCAGGAUCAACCUCCCGGAGGCCCGGGUGCAGAUCUGGUUCCAGAAUCAACGGGCCAAGUGGCGGAAGCAGGAGAGGACUGGCAGCCUCGGGGCCUCGCAGCAGCUGAGCGAGGCCGAUGUGGUCCUGGCCGCAGAUCUGGACAUGACCGGCCCCUUGCUGCCACCCCCUGCGCUCUCCAGGUCGGCUCCUCCCACCGAGUGUUAUCCACUGACCCAAGGUCAGCUGGCCUCCGCCUGGUUCCCUGCCCAGAUCACCCUCCUUCCGUGGCACCCUUGGGAGAUAGCACCUCUUCCGGGCCCUCUCAUCCAGCAGGCCUGUGCCCCCACGCUCUGCAUCUUUGCUCCUCCACACCCCAGAUGGAGCAGCAUCUGUGCCACUUCAACAUAGAGGGUGCACAGCCUUUCCCCAAAGGAGCUGCUCUCCUCUCAGCUGGAGGCAGGUGGCAGGAAGUCGAUCUCAUCCUCCAAGAUGCCCACAACCUCAGGAGGCCAUUCUCUGCACAUCCUUGGAAGCCCUCGUGGGACUCAGCAGCAAGGCAAAUACUAGCGGACCUCCUGCUCUUCUGCGGACACCUCCUGGGUGGACAGCAGAGGCCGUGGGAGAGCUCAGGAUGAGCCCCAAGACCAGGAUAACCCUGAUCCUCCUCUGACUAGCUGUGUAACCUCCAGCCUGUCCCUCACCCCCUCUGGACCUCAUGUGAGCCACAAGGCAGUAGGACAAGAAGACUUCCUAGGACCUUCUGGCCUUUGUUUGGGGGAGGUGAGUCGUGAUAAGGACAUAAAAAAGGCCAAAGAGAAGUUGUUGUUCAUUCACUCACAACACGCGUAUUCGGUGCCUGCUGAAUGCUUCUAAACAGAACUGGACAUAGAAUCACACAUCUAACGCUCUGCCCCAAGCAGCUCGCUCAACCCAAGCUGGUCAAAGAGAUAUCACUGGCCUUCCCCUGCGAGCAGAACCUUUGCUCAAUGACCUUGCACUUGACCAUGUCUAACACUGUCUGUGUGGCUCUGAUGUGAAGUCCUCCAGUAGGAGAAAAAUACACAGGGGGAUAAAUGCUUUUAAUU